AUGGUGGUUCGGACAACCAGCAAAAAUGAUCUAGCAAGAAGAGAGCAUCUUCCUGAGCACAAACCUCAAUUCAGUAUACCAAGUCCUUCAGAGUCUCCCAAGCAUUUCGACUUCGAACCACAUGUUGUGGAAACCAAUCUUCACGACCCGAAGCCGCAAUGGAUCGUUAACUCAAAAGCAUUGCAUUUCCUUUACAAGCUUUUGUCAAGCAUGUACGUGUGCGUGCUAACAAUUGUCGCAUGCCUGAUUUCUCUAUCGUCACCAUGGAGCUCAUCGUCAUUAUGGCUGGCGGAAACGAUUUUCUCCAUGCUCAUGUAUGGUAUUGCCAUCGUGUUCUUCAUUUAUGUCUAUUUAUUUGUGAUCUACCCAAAGCCUGUGAACACAUUCAUCCUUUUUCUUAAUAAAAAGACGAAAUGGAUGCCGAGGCCGGAAAGAUUUUUGAUCGAAGAGCCGGUUCAUAAUGGAGAAGGAGCUGGAACAUUCUAUUUAAGGCUUGGAGCUCUUUUUUUUGGAACUAUUGGAAGCGUUCUUCUCGGCUGCGAAAUUUAUCUCAGCUUCACCGAGCAUUCCUAUCAUCAUUUUACAGUUGCCAAAUAUAUUAUGUGGAUUAUUUUCACAUACGUUCAAAUGCAUUUCCUCUUCACAAACUCAAAGAUAACCUUCAAAAAGGACAAUCGGUUGGCCACGUUUGGUCUAAUGCACUGCGUUGCCGUCAACCUCUGGACAUGGUUCUCGUUGUGCCUCGUGAAAGCCCAAGUGAAAAAGGCCAAAAAGAAGAAGAAGGAGUUGGCGGCCGCCACCACCCAAUCAUCAUCAUCGUCUUCGGAAGAAUCCGACGCAACCGCUGCCGAUCUCGUCAUUGAAGCUGUCACAGUGAUUGCGAAUGAGACCAAGCUUGAAGACUUGUACUACCGUAUGCUCGGAAUGGGGAAACUCGGCGAUGUGUCCAAUUUCCUACUAACCUGUUUAGUCGAGUAUUCGCUGAUCGGCGCCGCCGUUUGCUUCAUCAUCUGGAAGUACAUGGGCCAUUCUCACGAUGGCGGACAUUCAGAGAAUGGAGAAGGCAAAAAGAAGAAGAGGGUCCGAUUGGAAUGCAAGAGUGUCACCCUUGGAAUGUUCAUGGGUAUCAUAUUAAUGAUCGGAACAUUUGUGACAAUUGGAAUCUACAUGAUGCUCUAUGGACAAGGGAAAAUCUAUCAAGCCAGUCUGGUCAUUGGAAUCACCAAUCUCAUUCUAUUCAUUAUGGCAUUGCUUGCGUGCUUCUUCGGAUUAUGGAGAAUGCGAGUCCUCCAAUAUCGAUUGCAUGCUCAUGGCGAGGUGAUCGACGAGAUUCUUCUAAUAAUCGGCCUUGUCGCUGAAAUUCUAUACUGCUCAGUUGGAUUCGAUUUGGCUGUCGAUGCCCAGAAAAAGGGACUUGGCUAUGAGAAUCUCUCAAUCGCUGUCUUCCUAUUCCGAAUUAUUCAAGUGAUUGUGCAAUCGACAUUCAUUCUAAUCGCCUCGAGGCUUCGAUGCUUCUCGCCGGAAAAUGCUCGAAAACAGCCGGGAAAACAAACAAUCACAUUUCUGCUCACCAUCAAUAUUACAUUGUUUGUGUAUCACACAUUCGAGGGAAUGAAAGCCUAUUAUGGAUUUCCGGAUGCCAUGGAGAACAAAUAUUUCGAGUUGAUGAAUGCGUGCUCGCCAUUAAUAGUAUUCUAUAGAUUCCAUAGUUCGGCAUGUUUUGCCGAAAUUUGGAAACACGCGUUCACCACGAAGCACAAUCAUCAUCAUGAUGCUCAUAGUGCUCCAAAUAGCCCAUCUACUCAUGCACAUUCCGCCUAA